AAUCUGGAAGGAGUACGUACAACUCAAGACAGGGACGGAGCGGACCGGAGUGGAGUGGGAUUCAUGGGAAAACUGGCUUGGCCUGCUAGCUGAUAGGCUAGCUGACUGAGUACGUUUUCCCAUGCAUGCUACGCUAGUACUACUACUCCUCUCCUCUCCUCUCUCAUGGCGAGGCGAGGCGAGGCGAUGGUGGAGUGGUGGUCAUCAAGAGAGAAGCGAGCAGAGCAGUCUCGGCAAUGGCCUCUGCCCAGUCCCCAAUUAUCCUUCUCCCUGACCGCCGGACACUCCAUCAUUGCUUCCUCAUACACUCACUGCCUCACUCACAGUAACCGAGCUCCUCUCCAUCCUCUAUAUAUAGGCCGAUCCUCUGCUCCAGCUCAGCCUCCAUCUCCCUCCCAUGCACCACCACCACCACGCUCUGCUCUCACCGUUCCAGCAAGCACACACAACACAAACUUGAGUCGGCGGCAGAACCAGACAUGAACGGCUUCUACUCGUCCAUCGCCCACGGCCUCGACGCGCUGCACGGCACGCUGGCCGCGUCGCCGGACGCCGCCUUCAUGUCGGCGCCCUUCCUCCAGCAGGCGGCCGCGCUGCUCCGGUCGCUGCACUCGCAGCUCGUCCACCUCGUGCAGCGCCUCCACCUGCCGCCGGGGGAGAGCUGGCUCGACGAGUACAUGGACGAGACCUCCCGCCUCUGGGAGGCCUGCCAGGUCGUCAAGGCCGGCGCCUCCGCCCUCGACACCUACUGCGCCUCCGCGGCACGCAUCGACGCCGCGCUCGACGACUGGCUCUGCAACCCCAACCCCCACACCGCCCGCCAGGUGAUGCGGGCGAUCAACGCGCCGCGGCGGCAGGCCGUGGGGCUGGAGCAGGAGAACCGGGCGCUCGCCGAGACCAGGAUCGACCCGUCAUCGCUGCUGCUCGACGACCGGUCGCCCGUGGAAUUCAAGCUCAACGCCUUCAACGGCUUCAGGGGCGUGCUCUACGCGCUGCGCAACGCCAGCUCCUUCCUCCUCAUGCUCCUCGUCUCAGGGACCGUCUCCUGCCUCCCGGACCUCGCCUGCUGCGGGCACCCAUUCCGCACCUCAGGCGCCGGCUAUGUCUCCUCCAUGGGCAGGCUGCGCCAGCGUGUCGCCGAGGAGAUGGAGGCGGUCGCUGGCGAGCACUCCGGCUCCGGCGUCAUGAUGUACGAGUUCCGGCAGGCUAGGGCCGGCAUUGAGAGCCUCAAGACAGAGUUCGACAGGGUCGUCGCCAGGGGUUACGGCGACCCUGGCGAGAUCGCCGAGAGGGUGGAGAUCAUCAAAGGAUGGGUCGGGAUGCUGAGGUCAGGAGCCGAGAGCGUCGUGUGCGAGCUGGACGACUUCUUCGAUGAGAUCGUGGAAGGCAGGAAGAUGCUGUCGGACCUGUGCAGCCAUCGCUGAUCCAAGCUCACAUCACAAUCUGCACUUCUGCAGAAGCUAGCUGAAAGCCUGAAACAAACAGGGCAUGGUAGAUAGUACAACAAGGCUAACAAAUUAGAAGAAAAAAAAAUGUGGGUGUUCUUCUUCUCUCUUGUGGUUGGGUAAUCUAAUCUAGCUGCUCUCUCUAGUCUAGCUAUCAUAGCAGCUAGUGUGUCUAUACAUAAGUCCUGCACUGGAAUAUCAUCAUGCCUGUAUUCUUCUCUUCCUAAGCAGAGCAGAGCAGGGCAGAAGUGGUAGUGGCAGGCAGUUUGUGCUUAGGCCUAUCUAUUUGUCAGAACCAGAAUCAGAAUCAGAAUAUAUGUCUAGUAAUUUCUA